UGUGCGUGUGUUUCUUCUCCGUGCGUGGACCGGGAGAGCCGCGACAACCUUCUCCUUCAUGACCGGCUUCGUGUUCUGCUGCGCGAUGUACAUGGACAGCAGCAGCAGCGGCGGCGCGGGUCCCUCCUCCUCCUCCAGCCCUAGUUUGCUGACUAAGAGUCUGUCCCUGGAGCCGCCCUGCGGCCCCCAGGGGGCGCUGGACUCCAGCUCCUCGUCAUUAAGCCCCGCCUCUCUGGAGGGGGGCGGGGGGCCGCCGGCCGCCACCGUUACACCACCGAGCAAGAGCCGGCCGCCGCUGCCCGGACCCAAGCCGCAGGUCCCCCCGAAACCCCCCCACCUCCAGCAGCAGGCGGGGGUGUCGAGGCCACGCCUCCGGGCUCCAGACAAGCCCCUCCCCCCUCCCCCGCCGCCCUGUCGACCCCUCCCGUCGGACCCGCGGGGGGGCCGGCCUCAGCCCGGCCGCGCCGACAGCCCCGCCCCCCCGACCUGCGUCCUGUCACUCAUCGAGAAGUUUGAGCGCACCUCCUCUCUCCUCCUCCAGGUGUUCUAUGCGCGCCUGAUGGAGGAGGCGCGGCUCCGCUCCUCCUUCCCCUGUGACGUGGUCCAGGGCAUCUUCUCCAACAUCUGCUCCAUCUACUGCUUCCACCAGCAGUUCCUCCUGCCGGCCCUGCAGCGGCGCAUGGAGGAGUGGGACUCUAACCCCCGCAUCGGGGACAUCCUGAUGAAGCUGGCUCCGUUCCUGAAGAUGUACGCUGAGUACGUGAAGAACUUCCACGGAGCGCUGGAGCUGCUGAGCGUCUGGACGGAGCGCAGCGCGGCCCUCAAGGGCCUGGUGCAGCAGAUACAGGUGAGUGGCCCUCGGGGCCCUCAAGGCCUGGUGCAGCAGAUACAGGUGAGUGGCCCUCGGGGCCCUCAAGGCCUGGUGCAGCAGAUACAGGUGAGUGGCCCUCGGGGCCCUCAAGGCCUGGUGCAGCAGGUACAGGUGAGUGGCCCUCGGGGCCCUCAAGGCCUGGUGCAGCAGAUACAGGUGAGUGGCCCUCGGGGCCCUCAAGGCCUGGUGCAGCAGAUACAGAUACAGGUGAGUGGCCCUCGGGGCCCUCAAGGCCUGGUGCAGCAGAUACAGGUGAGUGGCCCUCGGGGCCCUCAAGGCCUGGUGCAGCAGGUACAGGUGAGUGGCCCUCGGGGCCCUCAAGGCCUGGUGCAGCAGGUACAGGUGAGUGGCCCUCGGGGCCCUCAAGGCCUGGUGCAGCAGAUACAGGUGAGUGGCCCUCGGGGCCCUCAAGGCCUGGUGCAGCAGAUACAGGUGGGCCUCAGGGCCCUCAAGGCCUGGUGCAGCAGAUACAGGCCUGGUGCAGCAGAUACAGGUGAGUGGCCUCGGGGCCCUCAAGGCCUGGUGCAGCAGAUACAGGUGAGUGGCCCUCGGGGCCCUCAAGGCCUGGUGCAGCAGAUACAGGUGAGUGGCCCUCGGGGCCCUCAAGGCCUGGUGCAGCAGAUACAGGUGAGUGGCCCUCGGGGCCCUCAAGGCCUGGUGCAGCAGGUACAGGGGAGUGGCUCUCGGUGCUCUCAAGGCCUGGUGCAGCAGCUACAGUCUACCUGUCUGUCUCUACCUGUCUCUCCUCUCUCUACCUGUCUCUCUCUACCUGUCUGUCCCUCCUGCCUGUCUCUCCUCUCUCUACCUGUCUCUCUCUACCUGUCUGUCUCUCCUCUCUCUACCUGUCUGUCUCUACCUGUCUCUCUCUACCUGUCUGUCUCUCCUGUCUCUCUCUACCUGUCUGUCUCUCCUCUCUCUACCUGUCUGUCUCUACCUGUCUCUCUCUACCUGUCUGUCUCUCCUGUCUCUCUCUACCUGUCUGUCUCUACCUGCCUGUCUCUCCUGUCUCUCUCUACCUGCCUGUCCCUCCUGUCUGUCUCUCCUCUCUCUACCUGUCUCUCUCUCUCUCUACCUGUCUGUCUCUCCUCUCUCUACCUGUCUGUCUCUCCUCUCUCUACCUGUCUGUCUCUCUGUCCUCAGGACCGCAUGAGGAAGCUGCUGCAGGUGUAUGAGCUGCUGGGCGGAGAGGAAGACGUGGUGACGCCGACCAACGAGCUCCUGAAGGAGGGCGCCAUCCUCAAGCUGUCCAACAGGGGCGCCACGCAGGAGCGCCACCUGCUGCUGUUCAACGACAGGUUGCUCUACUGCGUCCCCAAGCUGCGUCUGAUUGGUCAGAAGUACAGCGUCCGCGCUCGCAUCGACGUGGACGGGAUGGAGCUGAAGGAGAGCAGCAGCGUUGGAGCAUCCAGGACGUUCCUGGUAUCUGGAAAACAGAGAUCUCUGGAGCUGCAGGCCAGGACGGAGGAGGAGAAGAAAGACUGGAUUCAGGCCAUCCAGGCGGCCGUCCAGAGACACCAUCAGACGAUGGAGAGCUUCAGACAUCUCACCUGCUCACUGAGGGACGACGAGUCCACGCCGCCACACUCCCCGAGCUGUGUAGAACUUGGAAAACGAGCUCCGACUCCCAUCCGAGAGAAGGAGGUGACGCUGUGUAUGAAAUGUCAGGAGCCGUUCAACUCCAUCACCAAGAGACGGCACCACUGCAAAGCCUGUGGACACGUGGUGUGUGGGCGGUGCUCGGAGUUCCGCGCCCGCCUCUCCUACGAUAACAACCGUCCUCACCGGGUGUGCGCGGCGUGUCACGCCAUGCUGGUCGGGACGGCGGCCGCCGCGCGGAGCGGCGGCACCCAGAGGAGACGCUCCAUCCUGGAGAAACAGGCCUCCCUGGCGGCCGAGCACAGCGUGAUCUGCAGCUUCCUGCACCUCAUGGAGAGAGGAGGUCGCGGCUGGCAGAAGGCCUGGUUCGUCAUCCCGGAGAACGAGCCGCUGGUCCUCUACGUCUACGGAGCGCCACAGGACGUGAAGGCCCAGCGCAGCGUCCCUCUGAUUGGCUUUGAGGUUUCUCUUCCUGAGUCAUGUGACCGGCUGGAGCGACGCCACGCCUUCAAGAUCUCCCAGAGUCACCUGACCCUGUUCUUCAGCGCUGAGGGGGAGGAGCUACAGCGACGGUGGAUAGACGUCCUGCUGAGGGCCGGGAGGGGGGAGGAGCCUCAGGUCCACCGGCCAAUCGUGGAGAGUCUGGAGGAGGAGGGGGAGGAGCUGGCGGCUGCAGCGGAAGGGGAGAACACGUGAUCCUAUUGGAUGACGAGGAUGACGAGGAUGAAGAUCCUUCCCUUUGGAAACCAGUACACAACCAGUACACAACCAGUACACAACCAGUACACAACCAGUACACACACUGCAUGAUUUCUGCUCGCUGUCAGACACAAAAUGGCGUCUCUUUCUUCUUCACCUUUUCUACCUUCACGAUGACGCGUGAGGUGGGCGGAGCAUCACAGGAAACAUCAGAUCCACGGUGUUUUUUUCUCCCCUCAUUUCGGUCUGAAACACUACAUUACCCAUAAGCCUCAGCUGCCGCUGCUGUGGAGACACGCCCACCACCCAUCAGCAGUAAGAAGCUCUCUGAUUGGACGGUUCCGGACCUGUGGCUUUACGCUCUGUGACGCCCAUGUCGGACGCCUGACGGACGCCUGUCGGACGCGUGACGGACGCCUGACGGACGCCUGUCGGACGCCUGUCGGACGCCUGUCGGACGCCUGACGGACGCCUGUCG